GUAUGUUCAUCAACAGUGUCCUGUGUUUGCUGACACCACUAGUUGCUAGAUGGAACUUUGACGCCCUGAUUGUGCUGCGUGUACUGCAGGGACUUUCCCAGGCCUUUACAUAUCCAGGAUUCAGUGCUCUGAUGGGAAAGUGGGCACCCAAGAAGGACUUGGGUCUCAUUGCCGCCAUAGCAACAUCAGGAUCGUCUUUCGGUGUCAUUCUCGUCUUCACCGCUGGUAGUGCACUGGUGACGCAUGGGUUUGGUCAUCGAUCUUACCUACACUAUUCCGGGGACAACUGGCCGUCCAUCUUCUAUGUCUUUGGUGCCGGGUCUCUGCUUGCCACUAUCCUAUGGUUUACGUUGUGUUAUGAAAGUCCUGCUGUGCAUCCCUACAUAACAAUGGAAGAGAGAGUCAUGAUUGAAACCGACAUUGCCGCCUCAGACAGCAAACAUCUUACGGAAUUCACCUUCCUGGAUGUGUUCCCCCUGACUGCAUUCCUGCCAGCCAGUAUUCGCCGUCGCACCGCCGUGCCAUGGAGAUCCAUCCUGCUCUCCAUACCAAUGUGGGGUAUUACGUUGAUAAUAGGCGCCGGAGACUUUGGCCAAUUCACAUUGAUGACCUGUGUUCCAACCUACUAUCAUGAAGUUUAUAAGUUUGACGUUCUGGAUAGUGGACUGUACACGGCUCUGCCACCAAUGAGUGGUUUCUGUAUUGGUGUUCUCUCUGGCAUAGUCGUCACGUUCCCCUGCUGGUACCGGAACAUUUCCACAAUAGCUACGCGACGAAUAUUCACAUGCUUGAGUCACAUGGGCAUGGCAGGAUUCCUGCUGGCCGCAGCCUACAGCAAGAGCAAGUCCCUAGCCGUUGCCAUGGUGACGGCCUCGUCGGCGUGCGGGUCAUUCAUCACCAACGGCGCCGUCCUCAACAUGAUCGACCUGUCGCCCAGGUUUGCCGGCGUGCUCGUAGCUUGGACAAACUCGUUCGGAGCCGUCGGUGGCAUUGUAGGACCGUAUAUUGCCGAUGUGUUAACUCCAAACAAGACGGCAGCAGAAUGGCGUGAAGUGUUCUUCAUAACGUCAGGUCUCCUCUUCGCUGCCGCAGUAGUCUACGUGAUUGCAGCAUCGGUUAAACGUCAGCCUUGGUCCGAAGGAGAGAUAUUCCCUGGCGGUUCAGACGGUGCAGGCAAGAAAUCUCCUGGUGCUGCUGUUGUCAAAGAGCGAGGCGUGAAGACGGACACGAAAACUGACUGAUAAAUGGAUGUGAGCGUGGUGACAUGUGAACGUGUGUAUGUGUGUGCGUCUGUGUAUGUAUGUGUGUAUGUGUGUUCGUGUGCGCAUGUGUUUGUGUGUGUGUGUACGUGUGAACGUGUGUGUGUGUGUGCAUACGCUUUCACAUUUACGCAGACACGUGUGAGUGCACGCGCACGCACGCACGUGAUAGCACGUGUUGCUUGUGAGCUACAGGUGUGUUGGCCCUGACAUGAUAACAGUCAUAAUGAUCUCACACGUAAACACAUGGCUUUUCAACAGACAAGACUACAGUUUGAGCAAAUGCAUGCAGCGACUUUCACGAUACUGCAACACGCAACUCCUCAAGACAACUACUUUAAUCUAACGUAUACCUUUGCCAGUACAAGUUGUAGUGAAGAUUUCGCCUGUUGGAGUAUUGCACUUGUGCCUAGGUUUGCAUAUCACUACCGGUAACUUGCCUGUAAUAAUUAUCAGUAAUCUGACGGGAUUGCUCUGAAAAGGUUCUAGAAGUAAUACUGUAUAAGCAGAAAUAUUCGUCUGGAAUUUAA